AUGCGCUCGUUUGGCACCAUGAACAUCAAGGCAACGGAAGCAUCUUAUCGUACAGCUCUCCGAAUAGCGAAGGCAGGCAAGCCUCAUAGUGAUGGAGAGACAUUUUUGCUCCCUGCAGCAAGAGAAAUGUGUUCAGUGAUGCUGGGAGAAGCAGCUGCCGCUAAACUCGACACCAUAUCCAUGUCUGACAACACCAUUCAGCGACGAAUAUCCGACAUGGCUUACGAUGUCAAAGAGCAAGUCAUAAACUGUGUUCGUCAAAGCCCCAUCCACGCCAUUCAACUGGACGAGUCCACUGACGUCGCACACUGCGCUCAAUUGAUGGUUUAUGUCCGGUUUAUCAAUGAGCAAAGGGUGCACGAGGAUUUUUUGUUUUGCGUUCCCCUCCCUGCCCGCACAACAGCAGAUGAAAUUUUCAAGGCCUUGAAUGAGUUUUACCAGAACGAGGGACUUGAGUGGAGCCGAUGUUAUGGCAUAUGCACAGAUGGGGCAAGAGCCAUGACCGGCCGUCACAGCGGUCUUGUGAAACAAGUGCAGACCGUUGCCCCUGCCGCUGUCUGGAAUCACUGCAUCAUCCAUCGCCAGGCAUUAGCAGCAAAAACGAUGCCUAAAGAAUUGUGUGUGGUUCUGGAUGAGGCAGUGAAAGUUGUAAACACAAUUAAAUCGCGUGCCUUAAACGCGCGCCUGUUUUCCAUCUUGUGCGACAAAAUGGGCGCUCGCUUCAAGCAGCUGCUCCUGCAUUCCGAGGUGAGGUGGCUCUCUCGGGGCAAAGUCCUCACCAGGCUUUGUGAGUUGCAAGAUGAAGUCCUCCUCUUUCUCACUGAGAUAAACUCUCGUCUCGCUAAACACCUGGCAGAUAUGAACUGGCUCGCUAUGUUGGCCUAUCUGGCCGACAUUUUCGAUAAGAUCAACUCCCUCAAUACCUCUCUCCAGGGCAAAGAGGGUCAUGUCUUCACUGCACACGAUCAAGUGACUGGAUUCAGGAGGAAGCUGGAUGCGUGGUGUGCUUGUGUUGGAAGGGGCUCAAUGGAAAUGUUCCCAACCUUGGAGGAUGUGCUGGAGAAGACAGCUCUGCCGCCUAGCUCUGUCCAACUGGUCAUCACCGCACAUCUGAAUGGGCUGCGUGAUCAGUUUGCCGAGUACUUUGGAGAGGAGCCACUGGGAAACCAGUGGAUCAGAAAUCCUUUUUCUUUCCCAGCCACAGCCCGCGAUGCACUGAGCCUUCAAGAGGAGGAGGCUCUUGUCGAGCUGAGCUCAAACUUGGACUUAAAGCAGAGACUGGUGGAAAUGCCGAUUACGCGUUUCUGGUUGAGUGUCGAGAGUGAGUUUCCCCAUGUGUCCGCCAAAGCCAUGAGUCCUGAUCCCCUUCACCUCCACUUACCUAUGUGA